ACAAGUAAAAUGGCAAGUGACGUAAGCCUCUCUGAUUGUGAAAUGGAUAGUUGGGAAGAUAGUGAGGAUUGGACAAGCACCCAGUGGGCAGAUCCUAACACCAACAAAAAUGUAACUCCGUUAUUACAUCCUGGGUGCCAUCAGAACAACAGUGCCGAGAGCCAGAACUUGAAACUGAAAGCUUUACAAUCAGCUAACAACUUGGCAAGUACAGCAGAUGGGAGCACUGUAGUGAAAAGAAUGUUAUUGAAUGACAACAAGGCAGGUAUGGAAGGUCUUGAUAAAGAAAGAAUCAACCAAAUUAUACAUGAAGCUUCAAAAGGCUCAAAGUUUUAUGAGAAUGAAAGACAGAAGGAAGAACAAAUGAAAAGGAGAAUAGAAGAACAAAGGCAGAAAAUAAAGCAGAUAUCU